GAAGCAGAUCAGACUGCCAGCACCUUCCGCCGCAGCCUGCGUGCCGUGGAGCCCCUCAGAGGCUGUCGCUUGGAGUCUCGGAGCGCUCCGAGAGAUCCUUCGCCUAAAUCCUUUCGUUGGACCCUCCGAGAGCCCAGCCUCCGCUCCGACUCGGAUUAGUUCGUCCUCUCUCGCCACCGCCGCUGCUUGCGCUGUCAGCGACGAUCGCGCCGGCUGCCUCCAGCAGCAGCAGUAGUACGUGUAGUACUACUAGUCGUGUGUAUGACAGGGGCGCGGUAGGUGAAUUUUUGGUUGCGAGGCACCUCCCUUGGCUGCGAAAUCUAGCCAGGAGCAGCCGCUGCCAAACGGCGCUUCCCGUGUGGUCGCAAGGAGCGACGAGCCUCACCGAAGAAGCACCUCGUCGCCAGGGCGCUUGGUCGCAAGGGCGCUUGAUCUCCCAGAGCUCCUGUCGCUGGAGAGGGCCUUGAGGGGCCCACUCAAGCAUUUCCUUAUCCACUAAGACGUCAAUUUGCGAGAUCACAGGUAGCUAUCACAUGUGAAUAAAAGCAGAGCCCAUUCCUAAAUCGAAUGCAGCUUCAUAACAAUCGCCAACCCCGUCGCCAAUCCAAGAACUCGGAUCGCUGACAGCCAGAUAGUCUAGUAGACUGAUAAUCCGCUACUACUUCGAUGGAUCUCUUCGCUACUCUCCCCGACGAUCUGCUCCUCGCCGUUCUCUCGCGCGUCGGGAGCGCGGCGUCUGACGUCAGCCGAGCGGCGAUGACGUGUCGGCGAUGGAACGCGGCGGUGCGGCACGUGCCUGCGCUCUGCCUGGGUCCAAACACGGACGGCGCGGCUGCUAAUCAGACGCCCUACCUGACGUUCGAACGCCAGGUCUCGCGGAUGAUCCUCCGCACCCGCGCCCUGCGCCACCUCACCAUCAUCUCGCCUCCCGCCUUCGCAUCUUACGCCCCACUGGCAUCUUCGCAUGAUCCGCCCAGCGCCAACUGCGACUCGCCGUCGGGUCCCUGCCAUGGCCGAGCCUCAGGCAGAGGUUCGUCUUCUCUAGCAGACCUCGCCUUGGAGCGAGACGGAAGCAGGCUCGGAGCCUCAAGGCGACGUCCGUUUACGCCCUGCAGCCAUUGCUGCUCCCUCCGUUGCUCCUGCAGCCGCCAUUGCGCCGGCUGCGCAUCUGCGCCACUUCCCCAUCCCCGCCAUCCGCGGGAGUUCAUCUUCGACGCGUGGAUGCGCCACGUCGGCCCGUCCCUGCGCUCGCUCACCCUCUCCCGCGCGCUCCCCGCCCCCCGCGGUAAAUCCCUCUUUGGCGACGUCGAAAACGGUGAACCCGCCAGCAGCGGCGACGGAAAUGGCAGUUGCGCUAGCGGCGCCAGCGCAAGUGCCAGCGGCAGCAGCGGCGGCGGGAGCGUGGUGGUGAACCUGUGGGAGGAGGAGGACGCGAGUCUGCAUCUCGCGCACGUCUCCCGCCACUGCACCAGCCUGCGCUCGCUCUCAUUGGGCCACGUGUCCCUCUCCGCGCCCACCCUGCUCGCCGCGCUCCAGCCCAUGCCGGCCCUGCAGCACCUCUCGCUCUCGUGGCUCCACGCCUCCCCCGCCGCGCUUCACGCCGUGCUUGACGCCGCGCCUAACCUCCGCAGCCUCACUAUUUUCAUGGCGUCGGGAUUCCCUUACCUAGAACUGCAACUACCACCCGCGCUCGAGCACAUCUCGCUCUCCUACAUCCGUGCAGACUCUGUCGAAAUUCGCUCCGCGCAUUCCCUCCAGUCCCUGUCUCUCCGCGACAUGUUUCUGCGCGCGCUCUCCGUCCGCGACGCGCUGAAUCUGCGCCAACUCGCCGUCGCUUCCGCCAACUGCUUGCUCGUCUCCGCGCCCCACUCCACCCGCCUUGCGCAGAUCGACCUCCGCGCGGGCUCGCUGAACUGGCCCGCCACCGAAACCCUAAUUUCGACUUCCUCGCUUUCGCUACAGUCACUUUCAAUGGAUUUUUUCACGUCGAGGAUUGGCGAGGAGUUGUCGCGAGUUUUUUCGUUGGCCUGGUUGGCGAAAACGUGUCCUGGGUUGAUGGCGCUGAAGCUGGGAGCGCUUGCGUGGCAGCAUGUGGUUUGCUGGGCCAAGAAAUCUGGGGUGCUGCAGGGAAUUGGCGCUGAGGGUCCUGCUUAUAGCGAGUAUGCUCCCGGGAGAGAUCCCAGUGGAAGGUGGAGAGAGCAGCAGGUGAUCACUAAAUCUGCUGCUUAUAUGAAUGGGGGGGUGUCAUCGGAUCUUGGCUGCUUUUCUGAAAGAGAUCCUGACGAAUCCGCUUGUAGCGGGUACAAGGGUAUGCCCUGGGUUGCAGGUUCUACAGUGAAUUCGACUGUGUGUUGCUACAGCGAUUGUGACUGUAUGGUGUGGCCAAAGCUGAGGAAGCUGACAGUAACUGUUGUGCAGGACCAGCCAGAGGGCGUGCUGCUGCUGCAUACUAUGCUGAGAGAGGUGCGGACGUUGGAAUCUGUAGAGGUGGGAUUGCAAGAGGAUGGAGAGGAUGACGAUGAUGAAGACGAGGAAAACGAAGAGGGAGAGGAGGAGGAAGAGCAGGAUGGAGGGGGGAGAAGCUCUGUGCAGUGUGGAAACAUGGAUGUGUGCGGGAACAAAGUCGAGGAGGAUGGUGAUGAGGGGAGAGAUGCCUGCUAUGGGGAGUCAACAACGUGCACCAGCCAUUGCUUGACAUGCUCCACUGUGGAGGGCCAAGCUGUGGGAGUUGAGUUGGUUGAUUUCUGGACUGACUAGAGAUGCAUGAGAUGAUAAGCUGAGCGACAGAGUCAACAAGCCAAGUCACAUUCUCGUAACAUCACACUGCUUGCAUCAAUAUCCGUCAUAUCAUAAGCCUGCGAUGAUGAAGACUGGCACUCUUCAGUCAGCCGGCAAAAUCUAAGUGUCUGCUUCCAUUUUAUCUCUCUCUCAUCCAAGAUGGUGAGAAGGAUGACAAAAACGUUGCGCAGGCACGUUACCUCUGCUAAAUUUUCUGCUCCCAUGGCCUCUGAUUCCACUGCAUUGCUGGUCUCAGGUGUACAAGGAUAACUCUGAGCUGACCCCUUGCACUCUACCUGGGCAGCCCUGUCUGUUACGGAGUGGCAAGCACCAGCUAAUCUUUAGGGCUUGAAACGUGUGCAGAGGAAAUAUGGAUGGUAUAAUUCCAUCCAUGAAGAUGAAUGGUUAACUGUUCACCUUAAACAAUUGGCUUGUAUGUUCAUAUAUUGCAAUCA